GCUCCGCCUCUGGAAGGCCUUGAAGUGGAGAGGGGGGUGGGGUCAAGUGAGGGCUUCCAUUGGCCGGCUCACAGCGAGAGGCGGGGUUGUGCGGCGCCUCCAGCUGCGGCGAGGCGGCCUAGGCCGAGAGUUCCAGGCUUAGCUGUGCCGGGGCCUGGAUUUCUAUCCCUGGCCGGGUGACGGCGACCACCCGCCGGGAGGAUGGUGUUGGGGGGUUUCCCGGUGAGCUACCUGCUACUGUGCGGCCAAGCGGCGUUGCUGCUGGGUAACUUGUUGCUGCUGCACUGUGUGUCGCGGAGCUUGUCGUACAACACCACGGUCGAGCCCGAGGCCAUGGCCACCGGAUCUGCGGGCACGGCCCGCCUCGAGGGCCCCGAGACGCAGAUGCUGGUGUACACGGAUCCCCGCUCCCCGGUCAUCCUGUGCGCCUUUCUGCCUGAUGAAUUUAUAAAAUGUGAUGACCCUGUGGAUCAUGUUGGAAAUUCAACUGCCUCCCAGGAACUGGGUUAUGGGUGUGUCAAGUUUGGUGGCCAAGCCUACAAUGAUGUGGAACACACUUCGGUACAGUGCUACGCCCUGCAUGGAAUUGAAUGUGCUGGCCCUAGAAAUUUCUUACGAGAGAAUAAACCAUGUAUAAAGUACACUGGACACUACUUCAUAACCACCUUGCUCUACUCCUUCUUCCUGGGAUGCUUUGGAGUUGAUCGCUUCUGCCUAGGACAUACGGGUACAGCAGUAGGGAAAUUGCUGACCCUUGGAGGACUUGGGAUCUGGUGGUUUGUUGACCUUAUUUUGCUUAUUACUGGAAGGCUGAUGCCUAGUGAUGGCAGCAACUGGUGUACUGUUUACUGAAGAGAACUAGACUCGUUGAGAGUUGGUGUGGCAUGGGAAAGUGAAUGACCUUUCUGUCAUGGCCUUCUCUCUACAAACUGCAAUUUCUUCCACCAUCUCAGACUAAAUUGUUAUUUUACCCUUUUUAGAAGAGAAUCUGCUGGGGCCAUGUUGUUGAACUUUAGAUUUGGAAACCAGGUCUUAAGUUGCAGUCUGGAAAUGAUAAAUAAUGCUCUGAAAAAUCAACUUUUUAUCUGCAGAAAAGAAGGUAUAAGUAUGCUUGUUCAGACGUAAGCAGCAAGAGGAUUUCUGUACCUUUUUGCAUGCCUUCCCUCUACACUUUGGUCUUUUUGGAACAUGUAUUGAAAUGUCAUGAACAAAGUGAGCAUUUUUAGAAUGUACUUGGCCUAUUAUGCUUCAUGCACUGGAAGAUACCUGAGAUGAAACCAACCAUUGAAAAUUGUCUUCAGCAAAAGGUGGAAAUCGAAGUAGCUUUGAAUGAAUACUGAAACUCUGACUUAAUUCUUAUAUUCCAUAAAACGUUUGGCCAAAUGGAAAAACUGUACAGGUAUAUUGUCAUUUGAACAAGCAAAGUGAAGCCUCUAGUUCAGUUGUGUUAUAAGAACCAAGUUUUGGUAAUGCUGAACUGCUGUUCACAGCCCUAGGGUGUCACCAUUGUGCCCCAGGGGUGUUAUCUACUGUGUAUAGAAGACUUCAUUAAAAUUUUGUUUUUAAA